AAGCAGCACAGAGCAUGUAAUUGAAAGCAGCAGAAAAGAAUUUUACACGCUGAAAAAGAAUCUGAAUGAUAUGAUUGGCUAAUAAAACGAUCUAGCCAAUCAUAAUAAAAUACGCUGAUAACAGACAGAAUAUUUAUUCAAUCAAAUCAAAAAUCAAGUACAACUGCUGACUGCUCAACAGCAAGAAAGGCAAAUUACUCCAAUGUUGUGAAUGUGAAACGAAUUUUAUAUUUUGUAAAGUACGUGAAAAGUAACAACAAAGUUUAGUAUUUAGUGUAAUAUUAUUUGCAUAAAUUGGGUUAGGAGUAAUUUUUUAAGAAAUACAAAGCUGCUAGUGUCAUUUUAGUCAUGUGUAUUGAAGUGUUUACGGCGUCUACACUCGAGAGUUCUAACGUGUCUUCAUUUGAAAUAUGGCUUAUUACAAUGCCGGUAAUGUUGUAGCUGUAGCUAACCCAACUGAACAACUAGAAGAUACAAAUAGUACAGACGAUCUUACUAUAAUACCUUUAGAAAAAGAUAGUUUCGCAAUAUGCGAAUUGUGCGGUCGCGUUGGCCGUCGGGGACAAUUCUACCCAAGAAACAAUAAGUUUUGUUCGCUUAGAUGUCACGCGAGUAAUACUAGAAGACGACAUUGUAAUUGGAGGUUCAGACUGAUGGAAGGUGCCGAACACAUGGCGGGUAUGAUACCGUUGGAGCCACUGCCACAGCUGCAGCACUGGCAGUCUACAAUAAACGAUUUGCAGGCUGGACCAAUAAAACAAUCAGCUGCUUUAGUAGCAAACAGUUAUGAGUGGAAGGAUGAAUUAUUUGGUUGUGAUUUCCUUGCUGCUCCAGUGAGUUUAUUCAAGCAUGCUCCCUUACAUGAAAUGUGGGACAGCACCUUUGAGGGUAUGAAAGUAGAAGUAAAAAAUACAGACUGCGAAAACUAUUCGGACAAACUUAGUGACUAUUUCUGGGUAGCUACAGUAUUAAAAGUAAAAGGAUACAUGGGUCUUCUACGCUAUGAAGGUUUUGGCAGUGAUGAUUCUAAAGAUUUUUGGGUGAAUCUUUGUUGCUCAGAAGUGCACCCUGUUGGCUGGUGUGCAACUAGAGGGAAGCCUCUAAUACCACCUCGUAGUAUUGAGGAUAAAUAUACUGAUUGGAAAAAAUUUCUUGUAAAGCAGCUAACUGGCGCACGAACUCUGCCCGCGAAUUUCUACACAAAAUUAAAUGAUAGUCUCGCAUCUAGGUUUUCUAUUGGUGUCCUUAUGGAAAUUGUUGAUAAGAAUAGAAUUUCACAAGUCAAGGUAGCUACAGUAUGUGAAAUAGUAGGCAAACGAUUACACGUAAAAUAUUACGACAGUACACCAGAGGACAAUGGUUUCUGGUGCCACGAGGACUCUCCACUAAUACACCCUGUAGGCUGGGCCUUCAGAAUUGGACAUCCUUUAGACGCGCCUCCUAGUUAUUUACAAAGAGUAGCUGCUGGUCGGCUUAUACCAACUGAUAGUACACCAGACAUGUUCUAUAAGUACCCAAGUAAUGAGCCGCCCUUAUUUGCGCAAGGAAUGAAGUUAGAAGCCAUUGAUCCUCUUAAUUUAUCAGCUGUUUGUGCUGCGACUGUGAUGCAGAUACUGAAUGAAGGGUAUAUGAUGAUCAGAAUAGACUGUUACCCUGCAGAUGCAUCUGGUGCUGAUUGGUUCUGCUAUCAUCAAAGAUCGCCGUGUAUAUUCCCUGUUGGCUUUGCGCAGGCUAAUAAUAUACCUCUUGUACCUCCUGCUGGGAUUACAGUGGAGGAGUUUAGUUGGGAGCAAUACUUGGCGGUUUCUGGUGGACAGCCAGCCGAUCGUUCGUUGUUCGCGGCGAGAGGUCACGUGGUAUCACACGGGUUCGUGGCCGGCAUGAGAUUGGAGUGCGCGGAUCUCAUGGACCCACGACUAGUCUGCGUUGCUACUGUUGCUAGAGUUGUUGCUGAUUUACUAAAGGUUCACUUCGACGGUUGGGGCAUGGAGUACGACCAAUGGUUAUGGGCGCACAGUACGGACGUGUACCCCGUGGGUUGGUGCCGCGCGGUGGGUCAUAGGCUUGAAGGUCCGCUACAACCGCCGCCCCGUCCCCCGCGCAAACAUCCUCCAAAACAACCGAGACGAAGACGUAAACAACAAGGUUUAAAAUCAGCAGCUCAACCUCCAAAUACAACAGAAGAAAGCUCACAGAAUUCUGACAUGGGUGAUACCAAGAGUCUUUCUCCUCCUACAAGCGUAUCAGAAGUAUCACCUGACGCGGAACCUCGGCUUGAAACCGACUCCACACCCACGAAAAUGGAAGUGGAUUUGGAAAUGGAAUCUAAGGAUAGUAUUGAACAGCCUGAAGAAACCCUUGCCGAUAUGAAAGUAGAUAGUCCGAAUACACCUACAGACAAAUCCCCAGCUACACCUACGGAUAUAUCACAACACACACCAACAGACAUAUCACAAGAUUCAAAUUCAAUUCCAAACAUAGCACAACUGUCCCCAGCUGUUUCCACGGAAGAUACGGACAGUGACAAGGUGAUACCUAGACUAGUCAAUACCUCAGUGCCCUUAGAUGUCCUAACCUCCGUUGACCCAGAACAUUGGAGCACAGCUGAUGUUGCCAAAUUCCUCACAGUCAAUGACUGCCAACCUUACUGCAUCAACUUCACCAAUAUAACUGGCCCAAUGAUGCUACAACUAACAAAAGACGAAAUCAUCGAACUAUUAGAAAUGAAAGUAGGCCCUUCAUUAAAAAUAUUUGACUUGAUACAACAGUUAAAAUGCAAAAUAAAACAGCCUCAGAGUAGAUUGCUAAAUAGUUUUAAAUAGUGUUUAUUUGAAUAAGCUGCCUCACUACAUGUUUGUAAAGUUCUGUUGCACUGAUUACCAGUUAUAUGCCACAAUAUUUUAGCUCAUAGGUAAUCUUAUUGAGUAUGGCAAUUUACCCCUCAGUCAGAGUGUUCUACAUAUCUCAGGUCUUCUUGUCCCUUCGUUUAACUAAGGGAUAUGGUACACUAUGCAGGAUGGCAUAACUUUUAAAAUUAAAGUGCAAUCAUGAACUUGAUAAUACAAACAUGCAGUGAUGUAGCUUAUACACACUAGUAAUUCAAAUUUGAAAUAUUAUUCCCGCCUAUAUUUUGGUGUCGCAUAAUAACCGGUGUUGUUUGCAAAUCGGAUCGAUAGUCACCAGAAUUUGAUAUCACAAUUCGUGAAAGACAUUUUUCGUCUUUUAUAUUCGCCAAUUAUUUUUAUUUAUUAAUUUUCUUUAAAGUAUGAACGGCUUUGAGAAUUUUACGAAGCAAUGUUGGUAGAUUAUUAUGGCUCUUUUCAAAGCAUGUGUGGUAUUUUAUUGGGUCACUUGAUAAUUACUUGAAAAAUGCCUAGGCAAUACCAAAUUUGUCCCUUUUGGAUGAACUACUCGACUAAUAUUGCCAUAGAGAAAGCAUGUAUGCAUGUUUUAUCUAGAUGAUAUUUUCUUACAAUUUAAUAUUGUUAUGGCUCAUAAACGUUUGUGGUUGUUAUGUUUACUCAUACUGUGAUCGUUGCUGAGUAAUAGUCAAAUAUCAGUUCUACUAUCUUCAUAUUUAUUUAGCACACCAUAUACGCUUGGCUUAUAAUACAUAAUGUCCAUUCCAUGUUUUAAAUAUAAUGAAUGUCGUCAUGGAUAUCUUAUGCAAUUGAUUUUAUGUCACAGUUUUAUUUUAUAUCUUUAAGAUUAUUCCUACAUAUGCAACAAUGAGUUAUUUUACUGUAUAGAUAUUUUUGUGUGUAAUUUUAAUUGAUCUCGAUGUUAAAUAGCUAAAUUGCAUGUUGCCAUUACAAUUUUUGGCUUGAGCCAAAUUAAUUAUAGUGUUCACCAGUCAAUUUUAUUUAAUGGUUAUAAUGAAAGCUAUUUACUUUGGACAAAAUAAUAGUGUGGCAUAGUAAUAAAACUCGCAUGAACUUAUAAAGUAAUAAUUAUACAAUGUUACUGAGUAUUUUUAUAUAAGAGUUGUUAACAGAUAUGUGUUGUUUACAUUAUAUAUUUGUGAAUAUAGUAUUCAUAGAACCUGCCCCAAUUCCCUCACAAAACCACGAAGCAAUAAUUAAUAAGAUAUCAUAGUCAAAUCAUUUGUAUUUUAGUCAAUAUGGCAUUGAUAAAUCUGUAUUUUGUAAUAGUCAAUUUUAAAAUCAUGAAUUUGGUAUGUGUGAUUAAAAUGUAAAACUGAUAUCGAAAUACUCAAACGCCACUCAAUCGUAAGACGCGCUUAAGUAUGGUUCUGACACAAAUUCUUUGUAAAAUGAUAGAGAUGGCAUAUUGAAGAACAACUUAAAAUUGAGUAGCCUUUUAGAAUUCGGGUAUAAGAUUCCGUUUAUGAGCACCAAAUUUUACCCAAGUAGGUAGUAACAAAAUGAGUUGUAAAUAUAGUUUUUAUAGCAUUCCUCAUUUUGUUGCGACAAAUUGGUAUUAUUUUGAAGACAAUGGUGACAAGUGACAAACGGGAUUUUAAAUUGAAACAGUUUUAUGCUUAGACAAAGAGUUAUAUUCAGUGAUAAAUACAUUGCCUUUUUAGAGACUUGAAUAAGAAUUUAUAUCAUUUAGUACCAUCAGCAUAGUACUGUAAUAGUUUUAAUGUCCUGGUAUUAAAUUGAAAGUAAAAAAUUGA